CAGGCGAGGCGGGGAGGAAUGCGAGUGGGAGAGCAGCCGGGCAUGUAGCGACAGCUCCUGGGGAGCGCGGAGCCGGGGAUCCCACACGCUGCACGGAGCGGGGAGCAGAGCCCUGGCAACAGCACUGGCGGCCGGCAUGGGGGACCCCAUUGCUCACCCCCUCUGAGAGUUGGGGAGCGGACGGUGACGAGUGCCCUAGGGGCAGCACGGCUGCCGUGGGGCUCCUGGCCCCAGCAGCUCAGCUCCGACGUGGGGGGCUGGAAAUCCCCCCGUGGGUGAUGCUCGACUGUGCCGACACGAGGUGCUGAGCAUCCCAGGGGCCCGAGGAGCUGCAAUGACCCCCGAGAAGGUGCUAAGGGAGGGGGUGCUGGAGAAGCGGAGUGGGGGGCUGCUGCAGCUCUGGAAGAAGAAGCGGUGCCUGCUGACGGAGAAGGGGCUGCAGCUCUUCGAGCCCAAGGGCACGCGGCGCAAGGAGCUGAGCUUCUCCCGCAUGAAGGCGGUGGAGUGCGUGGAGUGGAAGGAGCGGCACAUCUACUUCACGGUGGUGAUGGACGACAGCCACGAGAUCGACUUCCGCUGCGCCCAGGAGGACCCGGGCUGGAACGCUGAGAUCACCAUGGGCCUCGUCCGCUUCAAGAACCAGCAGGCAAUCCAGGUCGUCCGCGCCCGGCACAGCUGCCGAGCAGUGGUGCAGUUCGACACAGCCCCGGGGGGACAGCCCAUGGACACGGCACAUCCGAGGAGCAGGAUGGAGAUGGCCCUUGGCUCAGCGGGCGGUGGGGAGAACGGCAUCCCGGCGGGGAAGUGAGGCCACUGCUGUCUGCAGCCGGGGAUGGGGACAGUGGCCUCAGGGAAGCUGGUGCAGGCGCUGGCUCCCUGUGUCCUGGGGCAGGACAGAAGCACCACGGAAACGGCGCUGCACAGCUGCAGGGGUCCAGCCACAUCUCCUUAGCAUGAUGGGGCAAAGGACAUGGUCAGGGCCACCAGCAGGGGCUCUGGACAUGGCAGGAGGUGACAUCCCUGCCUGGGGGUCCAUCAUCUUUCACCUGACAAGGGCAGGACCUUGGUGGACUGGUGGGGACUAUUGCGCCUCUCCUGCAGGACAGGGGAUGGCAUGGAUGAGGUUAAGCCUGGAAGAAGCUUUGCCUGAGCACCAGUGACACUGGGACAGAUGGAUAUGGCUGAGGAUAAGGCUCCCCCUGAGCCCCCACGUCGAAAAGGGGCUGGAGAGCUGCUGCUGCAGCAGGGACACCUCCAGGCACCGGACCUGGAUGGCACGGUGACACAACCAUGCUUCUGGACAUUGCCCUGCCCUGGGCUGCCCUUGGGCUAAUGGGGGACUCUGGGGAAGGCAGUGGGGACCCUGACUCCCUGUACUAAAAGUGUCCCCAAACAAGACCUUCUGCUGCUUA